AUGGCUCCAAUGGCUGAGGAGCCGUUCUAUCGAUCUCAGCCCGACGAGGGCUUUGAAUCAUGUAACUUUUCUUACAACGCUGAGAAGGUCCAGGUUCAGGACGCACGCCCUACAAAAAACCAGUUCUCUCUUGACACUCAUGGUUUCGCCCACGCAGACGACCCCGAAGGUGAGGCGUUUGUGGAGCAGCUCCGCAACAACGAGGAGGGGGCCAAGGAGCGCUACUACGAGCACCUGGAAAAUUUGAUCAAGAAACAUACUGGCGCCUCGCGUGUAGUCGUCUUCGACCACACGAUGCGGCGCCGCGAUCCGUCGCUAGCAGGCAAGAAUCCCGACGGUAGGGAACAACCGGCCGCCUACGUGCAUGUGGACCAGGGCCCAGUGGGGGCGGCACGUCGAGUGCACCAGCAUCUAGGUUACGAAUCGGACCGCCUACUAAAAGGGCGUGUGCAGAUUAUCAAUGUCUGGAGACCGCUCAACGGCCCCGUUCGGGACUGGCCGCUGGCAACGAUGGACUUUACAUCCUUGAAGCCUGCAAACUAUCAUCCCACUAACUUGUACCGAAAUCGAUUUGAGCUCCGAGGUCAGUCGUGCAACAUCUCACAUCGAUCCGAUCAGCGCUGGUACUACCUUGAGGGGCAGAAGAAUAGUGAAGUAACCUUUAUCAAAAUUUGGGACAACAAGCCCAACGUGAGUGCCAAAGCAUGUGCACACUGCGCCUUUGAACACCCCGAUACGCCCAAAAAUGCUGUACUGAGGGAAAGUAUCGAGGUGCGAUGCAUCGUCUUCUAUGAGAAUGAGGACUUGGCAUCAUCACUGUGGUGGACCUGA